UUAUCAUGUGAUUAAAGGUAAAGUGAAGUGAGCAACUGUAGGCGUCGGCAGCAGACGAGCUGAAGAGAAUAUCAGAAGUUGUGCUUAUUAUUGUUAAUUUCUAUUCUAUGCUCGAUCUGUUAUCGCAUUAAUAACUAAAGAUGUCUACGAAAACAGCCAUGCCUUCUAUGAGUGCUAAUCGUGCUUUAAAAGAACAUUCAUUAGUUGUUACGCGAGAUUUCAUAUCUCAACCACGAAUAACUUAUAAAACAGUCUCUGGAGUUAAUGGACCUCUUGUUAUAUUAGAUGAUGUCAAGUUUCCAAAGUUUGCAGAAAUUGUUCAGCUGGUUCUGGCUGAUGGUACUGCUAGAACAGGACAAGUUCUUGAAGUUAGUGGGAAAAAAGCUGUAGUACAGGUAUUUGAAGGAACUUCAGGAAUUGACGCUAAGCAUACAUUAUGUGAAUUUACUGGUGAUAUUUUACGAACUCCUGUAUCGGAAGAUAUGUUAGGUCGAGUAUUCAAUGGAUCAGGGAAGCCCAUUGAUAGAGGACCUCCUGUUCUCGCAGAAGAUUUUCUUGAUAUUCAAGGUCAGCCUAUAAACCCCUGGUGUCGUAUUUAUCCUGAGGAAAUGAUACAAACGGGUAUAUCGACAAUCGAUGUAAUGAACAGUAUUGCUAGAGGCCAAAAAAUUCCCAUAUUCUCUGCUGCUGGCUUACCUCAUAAUGAAAUUGCUGCACAGAUAUGUCGUCAAAGUGGUUUAGUUAAAAACAGAGAUGUAAUGGAUCAAGAGCAUGACAACUUUGCCAUCGUGUUUGCUGCUAUGGGUGUUAACAUGGAAACUGCAAGAUUCUUCAAGCAGGAUUUUGAAGAAAAUGGUUCUAUGGAAAAUGUGUGCCUUUUCUUAAAUUUGGCCAAUGAUCCAACCAUUGAACGUAUUAUUACACCUCGAUUGGCUCUAACAACUGCGGAAUACUUGGCCUACCAAUGCGAAAAGCACGUCUUGGUCAUCCUUACUGAUAUGUCCUCCUAUGCUGAAGCUCUUAGAGAAGUAUCAGCUGCACGUGAAGAAGUACCAGGACGAAGAGGUUUUCCUGGUUAUAUGUACACUGAUUUAGCAACCAUAUAUGAAAGAGCUGGAAGAGUAGAGGGAAGAAAUGGGUCUAUCACUCAAAUUCCUAUUCUAACCAUGCCAAACGAUGAUAUCACUCAUCCUAUUCCUGAUUUAACUGGUUAUAUUACUGAGGGACAAAUCUAUAUAGAUAGGCAGCUGCAUAACAGACAGAUUUACCCUCCAAUCAAUGUAUUGCCGUCGCUUUCUCGAUUGAUGAAAUCUGCCAUCGGGGAAGGAAUGACGAGAAAAGAUCAUUCCGAUGUGUCCAAUCAAUUGUAUGCUUGUUAUGCCAUUGGUAAGGACGUCCAGGCUAUUAAAGCUGUUGUGGGUGAAGAGGCAUUGACAUCAGAAGAUCUCUUAUAUCUUGACUUCCUAAGCAAAUAUGAAAAAAGCUUCAUAUCACAAGGGAACUAUGAAAAUCGAACAGUGUUUGAUUCGUUAGACAUUGGGUGGCAGUUGUUGCGAAUCUUCCCAAAAGAAUUAUUAAAGCGUAUUCCACAGAGCACAUUAGAAGAAUUUUAUCCCAGGGAUAGUCGCCAUGGAGCAGCAGCUGAUUCUAAAGAGAAAGCUUAGUUGUGUCUUUGUUGUAAAUCACUCUACUAGUUUUGCAGGAAAUCAUUCCAAAGUAGAUAGUAAGAUGUCAAAGAUUCAUGGUGUCUGCAAGAUUGGUCAUUAUAUCAUUUUCAUAUUUUUUUUUUUUUAUUAAAAGAUUUGUUAGAAUGACUUAUUUAACUGAUAAUAUUAACAAUAGUAUUUAUUAUUUUGUACAUGUUUAAAAAAAAUUAAUAAAUAAAAAUAUAUAUACGCUGUACAUUUCGAAGAAACAUUGUUCGCUAUCAAGUUUUUUCCAAAUAAUUUCAUUUGUCAUAGAGUUUUUAUAUAGUAAGUAAUUAUUUCGCAAUUUUUACAUAUUUUUCCUAUUGUAUCACAUUAGUAGUUUAUUCAAAUUAUAUGUAUGUUAAACCAUUUGUGCAGAUCUCUAUAUGGAUAUAGAGUUUUGUAAAAGUGUUGAGUCUAGUCUUUAUUGUGAAUUGAGACAUAAAUUAUUGUUGAACUUACUGUGAAUUGAGACAUAAAUUAUUUUGCUGAACUUUCAUGUCACGUUCAGUUUAUAUUAAUUGUUUGUUUAAUCUGGACUUGAAAAUAAUUUUACAACCAAUUAUCAUCUAAAAGUGCUCUUGAACAAAAAAUCAAGUUCUUAACUAUACACAUAGACUUUUUUUUUGCUGCAUCAAACAUUUUGUCUUUUUCCUGUGCUGUUUCUUGAGUUUUGUACAUAUAUAUAUUGUGGUUAGUGAACUAUUCAAGAUAUGUCUGUUUUAACCGGAAGAAAAAAAAAUAUUUGGUGUCAAAUGUACUUUAAUCCAGGAAAGAAAAAAAAUGAACUUAUUCAUGUUUUUGAUUUUGGAGUUUUAUGGUAAUAAAUUGUUGAAACAAA